CGUUAACUGAACGCAGGCUCGCGUCAGGUUAUUUAAAUAACCAUGUUUUAAUGUCUUUAAUCGCAAAAAUUAAAAAAAAUACAGUAGUUUAACACUUUUAACUAAAGAACUAUCGAUAUCUAAAGGUAGGUAUAUUACUUUGCAUUCUAUCGGCCAUUUUAAUGUAAAAUUCAACACGGAACGCUUCAUAAACUGUUGUCAAAUAAGCUCUUUAAACGUACGUACUAACGGGCAUUACGUCAUUAUACUCCUAUUUUGAAUACAUUUUGAAUCAUACAAUAGUUUGCUAUCCUUUUGAGCUUUUAUGAAAAAUUACAACAAGUUUUAAAAAGCUUUCACUUUUGCGCUGGGUCUAAAUGCUUUAAUCCUCUAUUCUUCUUCAUCUUUAAGGCCAAUGAAAAUUGAUAUCAUGUUUCUCGUCCACAAUUUUCAAAAAUUUGGAGCGGGGUUUUUUCAUUUUUCAUUAUUUUUUGUAUUUGAAUUCUGCUUGUCAAUAAUUUCCUUGACCCAGUAAAAACCCCCAUAAAAAUCUCAAGUAUUAAAAAUUGGUGCAUAAUUCAUUUUAAUUUAAUACGUCCUACACUACAGUCUACAGACUACAGUAUAUUUCUUUACAUACCAGGGCUGACAUGAAAAAUAGAGGCAUUCUGGCGAGUAAUAUCUUUAGAAAGAUACAAUUUGAGUUGCGCUUGCGGAAUACAGCAAUAAGACUUUGAUCUGGAGAUGAAUUUGGUGUUUUUUAAGCCUAUUUAUCAAAAAUAAUGAAUAAUGAAAAAUUUUCGUGCGGCACAUAAAUCCCAUGCGGGCGGGGACGAAAAACAUGAUAUCAAUUUUCAUUGGCCUAAUGCACCUAUCAAUGUUAAGCCCCAGGGUGGGAGGGUUGGGCAUAUGUGGGGCAUUUGAUUUUUCAUGCAAUUUUUUGGUCAAAUUCCCUACCAUGGGGAAGCUAAUAUCAGUCAAAUGUGAUCAAAUGCCCCAAUGUUGGGCACACUUAUUUGUGGUCACAGAGUAGAGACAUACAGAGACGUAACUAGUGUACCCACUUUUUUUGUGUGCAUGCUCGGCAAGUUACUAGAUGCAUGCAUCUGAUUGGAUGACGACCUGAUGACGACUCACUUUAAACUUGCUGAGCAUGCGCAGUUGAUCAUUUUUCGCCCGGUCGCCUGAAAAAAAGUGGGUACAUGAUAACGUAAUCUUCCGCAGUGUUUACAACAGUCAGUUAAGUCUCUGUAUGUCUUAUCUACUCUGUGUUGUGGUGAAAGGCUUGAAAGUCGUUUGUCCCAGUCCUCAACAAGUGCUCUUCCUCAGCAUACAAGAUGGCGCUCAAUUCAAAUAUCCCCACCCUCGGAGGUGGAGUCAAUGAAAUUCCUGAGGGUGGGGGAACAAUAAUCGGUCAAAUGCCCCACAUAUGCCAAAUUGCCGCCCGCCCCCGAGGCUUAACAUUGAUAGGUGCAUAAACACCACUUCUGCACAUGUUUCAAUACCAUACCAUAUAGCAUGUUCCUGUAUUCAUAAAUGGGCUGUGCAUUAUUUUUAAACUUCCAUUCACCUGGUUGAUCCAUCAUGUAUCAUUCUGUUUCUUUCAGCAUCAUAGCAAUUGGCACCUCUGUCAAGCAAAAUCUGACUGGCAAGUAGCUAUCUCUUGGCAGAUAGCUGUCUCCUGGUGAGUAGCUAUCUCCUUGCAGAAAACUUGCUGGUUCUGAUAAUGGCCCAAUCCGCCCAUAACAUGCUGUCAUUCACAAAUGAUUAUCGGCAUGGCUCAUUUGCCCCAGUUCAUGAGAGGUGUAAAGCUGUGUGGUACGUGGACGGCAAAGACUACAUGUCUGCUGUGGCCGAUGCUAUCAUGGCAGCCGAGACAGAAAUCAUGAUUACUGACUGGCAAAUGAAUCCUGAAAUCUUCAUGAAAAGACCUGAUUCUGGAGUUGAUGGUCUAGAUUGGCGACUGGACAAGAUGCUGUUAAAAAAGGCUGACGAGGGUGUUAAAGUGAAAAUAUUAUUAUACAAAGGAAUGAAAUUAUUAAAUCUUGGAAGUGGUCACGUUGUAGAAGUGCUAAAGCAUCGAAAUAUCGAAGUUCACUGCCAUCCCGAUAUCGUUAUCGGAGCACAGAAUUUAUUUUGGUGGGGUCAUCAUGAAAAGAUGGUCAUUGUUGAUCAUAGUAUUGCAUUUGUCGGAGGCAUUGAUCUCUGUUAUGGUCGCUGGGAUACUCGAGAACAUGAGUUGAUGGAUAAUUAUCCUGUCCAUCUUGCUGUAGAUGGACGCGAAGCUUCAGAUGAUAACCCACACGAAUAUGCUCGGUGGAUCGGCAAGGAUUAUAUAAAUACAUUUUACAACAUGGAGGAGCAAACGGACUGGGAGAAACCACUGGAGGGUUACGAGGGUGUUGAAAGAAAUACGAUUCCUCGCUUGCCUUGGCACGAUGUAGCCUGUGCAUUCAUUGGAGAAGCUGUACAAGAUGCUGUACAACAUUUCACAGAUAGAUACCAUGCCAUAACCAAGGUUAGUCCUAACCCAAUAAGGCAACCUGCCACUACAAGCAAGAAAACCAAAGCAGAAGAAAUCGUGUCAAAUUCCCGUGGCUACAACGUGAAAAUUCAACUCCUGAGAUCUGUAGACAACUGGUCAGCUGGUCAGAAACAUGAGGCAUCAAUAUACAACGCUUAUAUAGAUGCGAUAAAGAAUGCUCAACACUUCAUUUAUAUUGAAAAUCAGUUCUUCAUUUCAUCGCAAAAAGGUUUGUCACGAAAAGUUCAAAAUGAUAUCCAAGCAGCAUUGGUUGAAAGAAUUGUCCUUGCCCACAAAGCCAAGAAAGAUUUCCAUGUUAUGGUCGUGAUCCCUCUGAAACCCGAGUUCCCUGGUGAAUGGGACGCCAAUGAUUUGAACGGAGAAAUUUUACGAGCAGUGACAUUUUGGAAUCAAGCCACUAUCUACCAUGGAGAAGAUUCGUUAUUUAGUAAGCUUGAGAAAGAGAAUAUUCCGAAAGAAACUGCUAUGAAGUACUUCUCUGUGUAUAGCUUACGUACAUAUGACUUGAUUGGAAAACAUUUUGUUACUGAGAUCGUGUAUGUGCACAGUAAGAUCAUGAUCGUUGAUGAUCGUAAGGCAAUUAUUGGAUCUGCAAAUAUCAAUGAUCGCAGUAUGCUGGGAGACCGAGAUUCCGAAGUUGCAGUUAUGAUAGAAGAUGUAGAUUCCGUUGAUGGUAACAUGAACGGUAUAGGAUACAAGAUGGGAAAGUUUGCUCACAGUUUGAGAUGUGAUCUACUUAAAGAAUAUCUAGGAUUGGUCGGUGACAGUGAGGAUGAAUUUGACAUAAGAAUCAACGAUCCACUGGCCGACAGUUUUGUUAAAGAUGUACAUGAUCGGGCAGAAACAAAUACUCGUAUGUUUCUAGAAGCGUUUGGUCAAGGUUUACUUCCAAGAGAGGAUGUGGAAGAUUUUGAAGCGUUUCAACAUUAUAAAGAUGUUUCUUUGCUUCGUGAAAAUACACCACAGGCUGAAAAGAUUCUGAGGCAGAUAAAAGGAACUCUAGUGAACCAUCCUGGAACAUUUUUGAUGAAAGAACUUAAACCUUUCCAAUUACUAGAUACUCUCUGCCUUCUCAUGGCAGUAGAUCGCAUCGACCAAGAGACAAAUUUCUUGGUUUAA